AUCAAAUUUCAUCACAGAAUCAGAACUUGAUAGGGUUAUUGAUUGAGUGGAGUCACCUCUAGAUGUUUUCAUGCUGAUUUGGAAGAUCUUUUAUGCAAAGAAAAUAAAAUGAAGUUAAGGAAGACUUUUGCCAGCUGAUCAGCUAUUUUGGAAACUGCAAGUCUCCAAAGCAACUGACUUGCAAACUUGGCUUCCACCCCUGCGGACUUGAACGCAGCAUCGCAGCAUACAGAACUGGGCCGCUUGUUCUCAUCUCCAGGACCUCCUUAAGCUACAGGAUUUUUAGAUGAGGAGUUUCCAUGCUGAUCCUGACAGCACCCCCUAAUCCGGUAGCUGCCUCUCUCGGGACUGUAGGCAUUUCCCUUGCCCAGGGACCCUGUCCUUGGUCUCAGCUGCCAUGUUGCACCUGGUCGCUGUUCUGCUGCACUGUCUCCCACUGGCCAUGGGACACUAUGACAUUUGCAAAUCCUGGGUGACCACAGACAAUGGACCCUCAUGGGAGUUUUAUGCUUGCCAGCCCAGGGCCAUGCGAAUGAAGGACUAUGCAAUAGUGAGAGUGGAUCCAGCAGGAAUCACUUGUGGUGACCCUCCUGAAAGAUUCUGCACUCAUGAGAACCCAUACUUGUGCAGUGAUGAGUGUGACGCUUCCAACCCAGACCUGGCCCACCCGCCAAAACUUAUGUUUGACACCGAGGAUGAAGGGCUGGCCACUUACUGGCAGAGUGUGACAUGGAGCCGCUACCCGGAGCCCCUGCUGGCUAACAUCACGCUCUCCUGGAACAAGAGCAUCGAGCUGACAGAUGACAUUGUGAUAACCUUUGAGUAUGGCCGACCCACCAUCAUGAUGCUGGAGAAGUCCCUGGACAACGGGAGGACUUGGCACCCCUACCAGUACUAUGCAGAUGACUGCAUGGAAGCCUUUGGCAUGCCAGCACGGAGGGUCAGGGACCUUUCUACUACCAGUGCCAACAGGGUGCUGUGCACGGAGGAGUACUCCCGCUGGGUGGGCUCCAAAAAGGAGAAGAACGUGCGGUUUGAGGUGAGGGAUCGCUUUGCCAUCUUUGCUGGCCCAGACCUCAAGAACAUGGACAACCUGUACACCAGGCUGGAGAGUGCCAAGGGCUUGAAGGACUUCUUCACUGUGACCGACCUGAGGAUGAGGCUGUUGAGACCGGCUCUCGGGGGGACCUAUGUUCAGAGGGAGAAUUUGUACAAGUACUUCUAUGCUGUCUCCAACAUUGAAGUCAUUGGCAGGUGUAAAUGCAACCUCCAUGCCAACCUGUGCACCUUCAAAGAGGGCAGCCUUCAGUGCGAGUGCGAGCACAACACCACCGGGCAGGACUGCGGGAAGUGCAAGAAGAACUUCCGCUCCCGGUCCUGGCGAGCUGGGUCCUACCUGCCUCUGCCCAACGGAUCCCCCAAUGCAUGUGCGGCUGCAGGCUCAGCGUUCGGCACGGCUCCGAAGAGCAAACCAGGGCCGACAGCACACUCUGCUGGCAAGAAGCAUGCCAAGAAGCCAGUGCCCUCAAAGAGCUCCAAAGUCACCCGGCUCAAAUCAGACUCUGACCCCGUGACGCCGAUACGGACAUUUAAAGACUGUGAGUGCUAUGGCCACUCCAAUCGCUGCAGCUACAUAGACUUCCUGAACGUGGUGACCUGCGUCAGCUGCAAACACAACACCCGGGGGCAGCAUUGCCAGCACUGCCGCCUCGGCUUUUACCGUAACGGCUCCGCGGAGCUCGAUGAUGAGAAUGUCUGCAUUGAAUGCAACUGCAAUCAGAUUGGCUCAGUGCACGACCGCUGCAAUGAGACCGGCUACUGUGAAUGCAAAGAAGGAGCCAUGGGGCCCAAGUGCGACGACUGCCUCCCCAAUUACUACUGGAGACAGGGUUGUUUUCCCAACAUCUGUGAUGAGGAGCUCCUGAUUUGCCAAAACGGCGGCACCUGCCACCAGAACCAGCGGUGCAUCUGCCCGGCCGGCUACAAGGGCGUCCUGUGCGAGCAGUCCAAGUGCGACUCCGAGAGCCAGGACUGUGAUUCAGCCUCCAGCACAUACCUCAGCCUCCCCGCACUCCUCCUCAGCGCGCUCGGCCUUCAGCUGCGAUGCUCAUUGGACUUCUGAACGCCAGACCCAUGGGAGCCAGCUCAAGGCGCAUCAUCAGAGGGAUCUGGGGAGACUAAGGGAAUAGGUGGGUCACCGCACCACCAUCUCCCCACCCUCCCUUUACUGUAGGACUUACACAACCUUGUUUGGUCUCCGUCCCCGCCAAAAAAGAGGUACAGAACGUGGGGCUGGCUUUGGUCUUUCCAGCAGCAGCCUUGCUCUGGCCUCCUAGCGCUACCCAGAGGUGGCUGCAGCACAAGCCCGGCUGCAAGGGGGAACUGACCAGCGUAGUGCAGAAGCUGCCAUCAGACAGCAUCACGAGGGACUUGCGUUACACCCUGCAAAGCCGCGACUCUCUCCUUGCCCCACUUUGCACAGGCCCGUCUGGUUCCAGAGCACGGGGACCCUGCCAAACAAACACCACCACAGUCCAAGGCAAUUGAUUUCAUUUCACAUCUUUUUAUUUUUUCCUCUCCUCCUUCCUCUGUGGUUUUGAAAGAACCAGUCACGACCGCUCCCCACAGCCCUAGAGACUGGAGUCCAAAGCACCCACGGGGACUCUUCGGUCCAUCCUUGCUGCAUAGCCCUACGUUUCAUUGUGGGCCUGGCAGGGCCCUAAACAUACGGUUGCCUACAAAACCUAGUUGCUGCAUUCAUCAAGUUUUCUAUUCUGGUUGUCAGAUUUUGAUUUCCUUUUCUUGCACUUGGCGAGGACACAAGGGCCGCUGCGUGCAUGGUAGGUCAGGAGUGUGAUGUCUAAUGCCGACAUUUCCUUAUAGUGUACGGUUCAAAUCCUCUUUUGGUAGAGAAUUAUUUUUGUUUGGAUUAAAAGUUAUAAAAGAACCGCAGGCUAAAGGGGCGUUUUACCAUGGGCCUUUGAUUAUGGUGUAUAACCCUUCAGUAAAGCAACUAUUAAUUGCUGCUUGCCCACCACGUUUUCCUUUUUGUGUGCAGCUAAUUACCGGUAAAGACUUAUUUUUUGAUUCAUAA